AUGGAAGGCCGUCUCGUCGACCUGAGCUGGGUCCGCAUCACAGUAUUGGACAAGAACGAUAGCCCGCCCUCUUUCCCAGCACCACUCCGCUUCCAAGUAUCAGAAGAACUACCCGCUGGCCAACCCGUAGCCACUCUGAAGGCUUCUGAUCCUGACACCAUUGGUUCAUUGGAGUACAGUUUGACUAAUGGGAGCGAGCAUUUCUCUUUGGACGCCACGACUGGAGUAUUGAAACUCAAGGAGACUUUGGACAGGGAACAACGGGAUGAGUAUCAGUUGGCUGUGAGGUGUAGCGAUGGAGUUCAGUAUACUGAUGCUGUUGUUACUAUUGAGGUGUCUCAAGUGGACAAGUUUCCUAAAACUGCAUCAAGGAAUGGUAAAAGAUGUGUUUUAGAAAUGGAGGAGGACGUGCCCCAGCAUACGUUCCCUCUUCCUUCAGAACGAAAUAUUCACGCGGUAGUCAGAGGCAUACCCGCAAUGUUUUCCGAACAGGAGAUCAAAGGGGAAUUAGAACAGAGGGGAUAUACUCCUCUCCACAUUAUCCGACUCAAACGCAGUGGCGGCGCACCCAUGCCUUUGGUGGUCGUGAUACUGCCCAAGAUUGAAAAGUCCCAGCAGCUGUUCAAUGAACAUGAGCUGCUGGGUCUAGCAAUCAGAGUUGAAGUUCAAAAGAACUCUAGACUUAUUGGGCAGUGUCACCGCUGCCAAAGAUAUGGUCAUGCGCAGUCUUACUGCAUAGCACCUCCCAAAUGUUUAAAUGUCCUGGACACCAAUGACAAUCCACCAGCCUUUCUGGAACCAGCCUACUCUUUUGACAUCCCGAAAAUGCUGUACGCGGUCACCGUGUGGGAAAAGUGCAGGCUGUGGAUCCAGAUCUAG